CGGGGCAAGGCCGCGCCCAGGCCACGCCCCCCGGCCCUGGUGCCCCCGGGGUGGGACAGCGCCCUGGGCACGCCGCUCAUCGGGAGCCGCGGCGGCGUCCGCCCGGCCGGGCUCGUGGGGCUUGCUCCUCACAGCGUCGGCUCAGAGCGCCGGGCAGGGGAGGGAGCUCACCCUCCGCCUGGCCCGGGGGCGGUGCUCCAGUGCCUCCGCCCCUCGCCGGCAGUCCAGUCCCGCUGCAGCCGCUCGCACCGGAGCCGUGGCCUGGCCUCGCUUCGCCACGCCCGGUUCCUUCCCCCUGCGCCGGCCGCCAGGGGGUUCGCGCUUCCCGCCGGCUCCCGCUGCCCCGUGAUGCCGUCCAACAAAUCCGUCUCGGACGCGCCCAUCGUCCAGUUCACCAACUGCCGCAUUCUGAGGGACCACCAGCUCCAGAGGGAGGACCUGUGGGUGCGAGAGGGGAAGAUCCUCAACCCAGAAAAACUCUUCUUUGAUGAAAAGGGCUCUGCUGAUGUCCAGCUGGACUGCAAGGACAGCAUCAUCGCCCCAGGUUUCAUCGAUGUCCAGAUCAAUGGAGGCUUUGGAGUGGACUUCUCUCUGGCUACAGAUGACUUCAAAUCAGGUAUUGACCUGGUCAGUCAGAAAAUCCUCUCCCAUGGAGUGACCUCUUUCUGUCCCACCCUGGUGACCUCACCUCCAUCUGUGUACUACCAGGUUCUCCCUCAGAUCAGCGUAAGAAAUGGUGGAGCCCACGGAGCAGGAAUCCUGGGAGCCCACCUGGAAGGGCCGUUCAUCAGCAAGGAGAAAAAGGGUGCCCACCCAGAGCACUGCCUCCGCACCUUUGAGGCAGGUGCUUUCCAGGACCUGCUUGCUACCUAUGGCUCCUUGGACUGUGUCCAGAUAGUGACCCUGGCCCCUGAAAUGAGGAGGAGCAGUGAGGUGAUCCAGGAACUCACCAAGCGGGGUAUCUGCGUCUCCCUGGGUCACUCAGUGGCUAAUCUGUCCCAGGCUGAGGAGGCUGUGCAGCACGGAGCAACCUUCAUCACUCACCUCUUCAAUGCCAUGCUGCCGUUCCACCACCGUGACCCUGGCAUUGUAGGGCUGCUGACAAGUGACAAGAUUCCUGCUGGGCGGAGGGUCUUCUAUGGCAUGAUUUCUGAUGGCAUCCACACCAACCCCGCUGCCCUGCGGAUCGCCCACCGAGCCCACCCCAAAGGGCUGGUGCUGGUGACAGAUGCAAUUGCUGGCAUGGGGCUGGCACCGGGUCGGCACACACUGGGUCAGCAGGUUGUGGAGAUCGAUGGCCUGAACACGUACAUCGCAGGCACAAAGACCCUGAGCGGCAGCGUGGCGACCAUGGACACUUGUGUGCGACACUUCCAAGAAGCCACUGGGUGCUCGGUAGAGACCGCGUUGGAGGCGGCGUCUCUGCAUCCCGCUCAGCUCCUGGGGAUUGAACAUAAAAAGGGGACACUGAAUUAUGACUCCGAUGCAGCAGAAGAGACCCAAAACAUUUUCAAAGUCCUGCACUCCCCUGAGACUCCUCUCGCAGAUAAGCAACAAGUGAUGAGCAAUGAGUUUGGGAAUUGUGAUUGUCAUCUCAAGAUGAAUGAGGGUCAGAAGAGCAUGGAGAAAGGCAUGAUCCCUGAUGUUGUGGACGUACAGCCAAGCAAAGGGCAGGCUGCAGAUUGUGUGAACCCAACCCCUGAGGCAAAGCCAGAGUUGUUCACGUCAUCUGGCAGCAGCUUCCAAUUUGAUUUUACGCUUUCCAAGACCUACCCAGAAGCUGACGCUGGUGACAGUGGUGCUAAGCAGGUACAAAACAAUGCCAGAGCCACCAGGCAGGAGAACUGGAAUGGUCCCUUGAGGUUUGCUGCCUCUGGACAAGAACCCAAGUUUGCUUUCAACUUUGCCAUCCCAGAUGAAGACUGUCCUCAUCUUCAGUUACUUCCAGCGAGCCAGCAUAAAGGGGACACAGCAGAUUCUUCACUGCCUGCUCAAUCAGCAACUCUACCACAGGCUGCAGCCUUGCAGAAGCCUGAAGUGACUCAAAUGACAGGGAAUGCACCCAAAGAAGAUAGAAACCAUGUCACAUCAAAGAUCCCCCAGAGAGAGACAAUGCCUGCAGAUGCGGCAGUGACAGAGAAAUCAACAGGUGGUGGAGCUGCCCAGAAGAAGAAAAAGAAGAAACAAAAAGCAUCUGUUAGUAAAAACAAAACAGAAGAAACUGAGACCAGCAAGAAGGCAAAGGCAGAAGCUAACAACUGUCAAAAUACAGAUACUUCCCAUCAGGAUGAGAAGACCUCUCAGCAGUCAGAUGAGCAGCUGUGGAAAGAGGUGGACUGGUGUGUGAGCCAGCUGGAACUCGGCUUGAAGACACAGAAACCCACUCCAAAGCAGGCUGAGGAGGCUCUCAGGGCAAUCAGGACGCUGCGCAGUGACAAGGCUCCACUGGUGAAGAAGCGUCAGCUCAUGAGAUCCAUGUUUGGAGACUACAGGAAGAAGAUGCAGGACGAGCUGUGCAGAGAGCUGAAGCAUAUGGAAACAGCUGCACAGUCUGCCAGGAUCGUGGAGUUGAAGGGAAGCAUCCUCAAGAAGAAUGGCCAGUUCAUCCGGAAGUGCUUGGGAGCUUGCAGGAAAAGCCAAGGUUCAGCAGAAUCAGAGGCACACAAGACACUUAACACAGGCUUAUUCAGUUUCACAACUCCCCAAGAAUUUCACUUUAAUUUCUUCUAGAAAAGUCACUUUGACUAAAACUGUGUCAGAUCUGCAAACUGAAGAAUGGUGGAAAGGUGCUGUGCAGUAGGAAAUGUCAUGUGUGAAUCUCUGGAUCUUCUUCCAGCGUGCCUUAUCUAGAAGUUUAAACCAGAUCUGUCUACUAUGCAUAUGACCCCAAAAUUCAGCCUACAUAAGUGUGCUCACACUGGAGAGAGGCACCAUUGAAAGGGUCAGCAGUGUGGAAGGAUCUGCUUUCUUUCCUGUAGAAUUGACAUUAACUGUAGAAUCUGUCUUCAAUACCAUGAGAAUGGUAUAGAAGACACAUCCAUUGCUUUUAAAUAGAGCAGAGCCUUUCUAGCAACUGAGGUGGCAAUGCGUACAACAGGGAAUGUUGUGGAAUCAAGAUCUAGAGCAGUGGGUAGCUGGGUACUUCCACUCCCCGAGUCUGUGUGAAUGCAGCUUCUGGCAUCCAGCAAAUACCAGCAGUGUGUCAUCCCUGACAUGGAGGAGCACGAGCUCAGGGUCUUUGGGGAGAAGUGAGUGAGACCUGUUUUUGCUCAUUCAUCUCUUUCACUGACAGGUACAGACCUAGAAUAAAACUGCACAUCAUGAUUUAAUCCAGCCUAGAGAUGUAAGGACAGCUGUUUUCAGGAAAACAGGGAAAAUUUUUGUUGCUGAAGCCAGGUUCUGGACAGCUAGGAAGGAUGUACAGUCAACUCUUAAAUAAAGUUUACUUUAUUAGUAGCUCAGUUACAACCACUAGUGCCUCAGAGGGAAAAUUAGCUGCAUACCAGCCUUGGGUGGUGGUAAAAUAAACUGUCACAGCCCAAAGACUCUCUUCCAUUUGAUUUGUAUUAAAUUUUGGCUUUUUGAAUGUGUGUCUCCAGUCAAUACUGCUUGAGUCACUGAAGCCAUCUCUUAAGUUCAUGCAGAAGAUCUUCCCACCGAGCAUAUAAAAUGCUGAAGGAAGAGAAGUGCUGUGAAAGGCUACAUGGUAUCAGGUGUCCCUAGGGAGCAGUGCUUUCCUGCCUUUUAUAGUCCAGUCAGCCUGUGUGAAAAGUGGGAAAUGUGAGUGUAGCCAGAUUCCAGGGAAUGCUGAGAGCAGCUGAGUGAUGGUGAAAGACAUUGGCUGUGAAACACUAAAAACCUGAUUGUGGCUCUAAAAAAUUAAUUUUAUUACUAUGCUCUGAUGGCAGGCAGUUGCAUCUGCAAUACUUUUUUAUUUCUUUUAAAUUUUAAAUAUUUUAAAAGAAUAUUUUAAAGAAUUCCUGUCUGGGCAUAAUAAGAAACUGAACCUGGGUAACAUAUAUGAUGAAGAGGAACAUGUAGAAAUGAAUUUGUCUUUUGGAAGUCAGUAGAUGAAAACUGUAAAUCGAGGUAGGCACACUUUAUUUGCCAAGGAGCACAGCUGUUACUUUGAAUGUAUAGAACAAUCUUAGACAGUAUUUUUUUUUUAUUUCCAGGAUUUUACAUUCAACAUACAAAACUGUGUCCCUGUCAUGCUUUUCAUGUUUUCAUGCUGUUUACUGAGAUUCAAGAGCAUCAUCUACAUGACCUUGGAGCUACAGCUGUUUGCUUCCCUGGCUGAUUAUGCAGGAGAUGUCUGGGAAAUAGUUAUUUUUUUUCCUUGUCAUGUGUCAGGUAAAGCUACAGCUGCAGAAGGAUGCAGAAGUAUUCUGGAAAGCAUUCUUACAUGAUUACCUCAUGUUCAUGCUGUUCAUCAGGCAAUCACAAUUAAACUAAAGAUACCAGUGAGGUGGACAUUUGGUGUAACUCGAUCCAUCAGUUAUCUUCAAAGGGGUCAGAGAAAACUCCAUUCUAAUAUGAGAAGAACUCCUGUGGUUUUCCAGAGGUCUGAAUAGUGCUGACCUGUAAAACCAGUUUGUUUCCUUUUUCUGUUCCUCCAUUACUGGAGGACUUAGGAAGGCAGAGGUUCAUCAGUGUGAUACAUCAUGUUCCUGCGUGUCCUGUCGGCUUGGUUCCAAGAGUCAGCCAUGGAAUCUUGGAAUCUUUUAUAGUCAAGGUGGUGCCUCCUGAGUUUUUGAUAGAUGUGCCCAAGUCACUUCAUUAGUGAUUGUAUCUUGAAGAGGUGUCUGAAACUACAGCAGUUUGUACUUCACUUUUAAGCUUUGCUGUAUUAUAUUUGUUUGAAAGGAAGCAAGCAAUGAUAUUAGAAGUUAGGAAAUUCCAUGGCUGCUCCAUCCAUCCUUUCCCCUUUUAGAGGGGCCCCGGUGCAGUGUUACUGAUGUUUUUUAAAUGCUGUGUUUUCCCCUUUUAGCAUUUCUUUCUUUAGGAUUUUAGUGCUAUUUAGGGUUUCGGUGAUGUCUCUUACUACAGCAAUGUCAGGUUUGGAUCAGGGCUUUGCUCUACUAGUAACUGUAAUACCUGUGGUUGGAGGUGUGGUCAAUGCCCCAAGGCAUUAAGGAUGUAUAGCAGUGAGGGAGAAGGGAGAUAUUCUGAUCUACCUGGACAUCUCUGACCCACUGUUCUUGCUUUAAGGAAUGCAUCUCAGUUUUGAUAAAAAGUUGAGCUCA